AUGCCGUCCGAUGCUACGCCUGUUCCACUAUGUAUGGUGCACGUAACGUGUGGCUCGAAGGAGCGCCUCAUCAAUCGGUCUCGGCUACUGCACUACAAGUCCGCUAUCCGCACAGUACGCGCCGAGUUCAAGAUAGGAAAGAAAGUAUUGGACAAGGCCAUCACGCUCGGUGUGAAGUGCGAGGUCGACAAGGGCUCGCGCUUUAUCGUCGUGAGCGGGGCGUCGGAAUGGUCUGGGAUCGCUCGCGAUAUGAAGCACGUUCUCGUCAAUGUUGAAACGUCAAACAAAGGAGCACAUAAGGUGAAACGGGAGAUGAAGAUCAAGGAACUCAAGGAGGAGGUUGACCCGAUCUCCAACCGGACCAUUAUCGUAGUCAGCGACUCCGAUACCGACAGCGAACCCGGCAAUGUGUCCGACGACCGCUCGGAUGUCGCCGAAGGAGACGCGAUGGACGUCGAUGACGACGACGACGACGACGGUACCGAAACACUCGUGGACGACAUGGUCACACGAGCUCAGCAUAAGCAGGUCGCCCGCGAUUGGCUCACUGCACAUCCUGACGCGCCCUGGAUCGUCCCGCCUGCGAACCUGGUGGAGGCCUUGCGCGCACACAUCAAUAAGCUCGCAAGAGUAUCGGCGCGAGGCGAGAAGCCUCGGCUUCCUCUUCCAGCGAUUGUGCUCGAACGACUGGCUCCCAGUGGCAAGAAGUGGCUCGAGACGCAACUCGCUCAUACGAAGAUCUCCAGCGACCGCAAAAUACUCGGAGCAGGUAGCAAGUUCUACGACGUCCUCGUUCAGGCUCAUCGUGGCUCCGGAAAUGGACAUACGAAUGCCAGCACCAUGAGCAAGAACCUUGGGGAGAAGUACGUGCUUUCGCCACGGAAGAGCUUCUACGAAAUGUGGGUUGCGCGUUGCCCAGAAUGUGCUCAGGAGUGA